ACACCCCUCUCGCGAUAGCAGCCAAUGGGUGGUUGUUCCUCGCCAUCUUGUGUGUUGCCAUUUCACAUUUGUUACUGCUGUCCUAUCAGGCUGCGGCCAUAAUUCUGUUUUGUUUCCAAUUCCGCAUUCCGGACGGUUUUGUUUUUUGUUUUUAAAUCUGAGUAGUAGCAGCAGCAGGCCGGCUAUGGGGAAGAAGCAUAAGAAGCACCGGUCUGAGUGGCGGUCCUACGACGCCGGUGAGCUCGGCUCUCCCGGAGACCAAUCCCAGUACUAUGUGGACAAGCCUUUGGAAAAACCUUUGAAACUGGUUCUUAAAGUUGGGGGAAGUGAAGUUACUGAACUGUCUGGCUCUGGACAUGAUUCUAGUUACUAUGAUGAUCGAUCAGAUCAUGAGCAACGUGAGCGACACAAGGAAAAAAAGAAGAAAAAGAAAAAAAAGUCAGAGAAAGACAAGCAUCUGGAUGAUGAAGAAAGGAGACGGAGAAAGGAGGAGAAAAAGCGGAAACGAGAAAAAGAACAAUGCGAUUCAGAUGGCGAAACAGAGUAUUUUGAACCAGGGAAAAAGGUUGAAGUGGAAACCCCAACAGACCGUCCUGUCAGAGCUUGCAGAACGCACCCAGCAGAAAAUGAGAGUACCCCAAUACAGCAGCUUUUGGAAUAUUUCCUUCGCCAGCUCCAAAGGAAAGAUCCCCAUGGAUUUUUUGCUUUUCCAGUGACCGAUCAGAUUGCCCCUGGUUAUUUUAUGAUCAUAAAGCAUCCAAUGGACUUUAGCACUAUGAAAGAUAAAAUAGCAUCAAACGAGUAUAAAUCCAUCACAGAAUUUAAGGGAGAUUUUAAACUUAUGUGUGACAAUGCAAUGACGUACAACCGGCCAGAGACUGUGUAUUAUAAGCUGGCAAAGAAGCUCUUGCAUACAGGCUUCAAGAUGAUGAGUAAAGAACGGCUUUUAGCUUUGAAGCGCAGUAUGUCGUUUAUGCAGGACAUGGAUUUUUCUCAGCAGGCUGCUAUGUUGGGGGAUGAGGAUACCACAGUUGAAGAACCUAUUCCAGAGGUCACUAUCCCAGUUCCAGUAGAGAUUACUAAGAAAAAAAAGCCAAGCAAGGAAAUUAUUAGGGUCAUUGAGGAUGAUCAAAGUUGUAUUUUUGAGCCAGAAGGCAAUGCAUGCAGCUUAACAGACAGCACUGCAGAGGAACACGUAUUAGCUCUGGUAGAGCAUGCUGCGGAUGAAGCAAGGGAUAAGGUCAACAGAUAUUUACCGAAUUGCAAGAUUGGUUACCUUAAAAAGAAUGUAGAUGGAACGCUAAUUUAUACUGUGGUCAACUCUGAUCCAGAUGCUGAGGAGGAAGAAACUCAUCCAGUCGAUUUAGGUUCUCUAUCAAGUAAAUUGUUACCAAGCUUUACUACAUUGGGAUUCAAAGAUGAUCGCAGGCAUAAAGUCACCUUUCUAAAUAGUGCAAGCACAGCACUGUCAUUACAAAAUAAUACACUCUUCCCAGACCUUAAACCGGAUGAAAUGGAGUUGAUGUAUGCAGGCUAUGGUGACGACACGGGAAUACAAUGUGCAUUAAGCUUACAAGAGUUUGCUAAAGACUCUGGAGGCUAUGCAAAUAAAAUGGUGAAUGACAUGCUGGAUCAGAUAACAGAAGGAGAUCAUUCCAAAAUUCUUUAUCAAUUAAAACAGAGACGCAACAUUCCAAUAAGGUCACAUGAAGAUCUGAAACUUGGAGACUCUUUAGGUGAUGGCAGCAACUCGGUUCUUGAUUUUAUGUCCAUGAAAUCUUACGCUGAUGUGUCUCUUGAAAUGUCUAUGCUAAAUUCUUUAGGAAAAGUGAAGAAGGAGGUUGACCAUGAUGAUGGUCAUCUUAACUUGGAUGAUGCAGCUAAACUUUUGCACGACUUCCAUGAAGUACACAAUGACAGAGUUGGAUCUAGGCCAUCUUCCAACAUAAGUUCUUUAUCCAACAACUCUGAAAGAGAUCAUCAUCACCUAGGUAGCCCUUCUCGUCUCAGCAUUGGAGAACAGCAAGACAUACCAGAUCCCUAUGAGUUCCUCCAGUCUCCAGAACCUGACAACCCAAAUUAAAAAUUAUGUCUAUAGAGUUUUUGAUAUUUACUGUCUUUAUUUUAAUCUGUACAUAUUAUUUCCCACUGAUGAAGUUACUGUAAAUAAAAACAAAACUAUAUAGGGCAAAGUGGAACUAAACCAAAUUAUUUGAUAGUUUGCAGAGGAAGGUAAACUCCAACUUCUUCCCUUUCCUUGAAUAUCUGUAUUUAGUGAGAAAUUCAUUUUUUUUUACUUUUUAAAAUGAACAUAUUUCACCAACAAAUUAAAAAUCUAAAAAGGCCAAUAGUUCUGAUCAAAAUGUAAGUGGUGCUUGGCUAGGCAGCCAUUAGGGUCAGACAUACUAUUGUUACUUUGUUUUCCAGCAGUUUAUAUACCAACAUUGUGUGCUAUUUGUGUUCUAAUUAGCCCCUGCUGUUCCCUGCUAGAUACUGGUACGCCCCAGGACACCCACCAAGAGCCCUCUCCUGAAGAUUCAGGCCUUCACACUCGAAGGACUCCCUACACGCUGCUUUAGCGACUUAUGGGCUGCUCUCAAUUAACAUUCCAUAUCAGUUAAUGUUGGGCCCCUACCGACUACAACCAGUGCCCCAGCUCCCGGUCUCGUUGACAUCCCCAGUCCCUUCACUACCUUACUCAUGGAACUGUAUGCUUUCCUGCCAUCUGCUUCAUUACACCCAGUGCCUGUGGUAGCUGAAGAUCUCGGGAAUUGCCAACCUCUGGUGAUCCUACAGUUCUGCCUGACACCCCCGACUGCCACACAUUUGUCUGCUGGAAGAGAGCCCUCUUUAGGCCCCCAUACACUACAGCGAUAUGUCUGAGGCUGAAGUCGGAGGCGAUUUCACUUGAACUCUCCCGGGAGCUUCCCGGGACUGGUUCCAUACGAUUUGGUACAUUUUGCAUGCAAUAUAUCUUAUGCGAUCCCAGCCAUGUCUGUGGGAACUGACAUAUCACGAGUGCAGCACUAACGAUCUAGGGGAGUCGAUCCGACCCUCACAGGAACACUGAUCGGAAACACAUCCAAAAUGCCCGAUUUCAUCUGAUAUAUUGGCCCGAAUGCCCGAAAUUGGAUGAAAUAGUACAUUUUCGUUCUAGUGUAUGGGUCCCUUUUCCGCUGUCUGCUUCCAUCCUGCCAGUCACGACCCUCUGAUUGUUUACUCCUCCUGUUGCUCACUACAGUAAGCUGCAGUCGUUCAUUUGGUGCUCUCCCCAUCGCUGCUGCCAUUUCAGCCUUCAAGCCUGGGGAGUCUCCCGCAUACAGUACAGUUCUCCAUCUUAACUCUGCAGUGUCUGUUACAACCUUUGUGUUCCCUGCUAAACUCUGUUGUCGACUGAUUUUCAGAGUUCUACCGGGGACAAGUUCUCCUUGGCUCAUUGGUGUCCUCAAUAUUUUCUACCACUGUGGAAGCCUUGUAUAAUAUUUCAAAGCUGCUCUUUUUGAAACAAAACUUGGCUUUAUUUGUCCUUCACAUUUCUGUGCCUUGUACACGUUAUGAUAUAUUCUGACUUCCCCAUCUUGUGUGUGGGCCAAUUCUUGCUGGAGCACUGCUGUUUGACUAUCAUUUCUCAUCUCUCCAAAGUCUAUGACAGUGGCUAAGGACAAACAAAAUCAGAUUCUCAGUCCCUUGUGAACUAUCAUAAGAAAUCUACUCCUGCCUUAUCCCUUAAACCUCCAGCGAUUCUGUCUGGCAGCGACUCUGAUACUGACACAGAUGAGGAGGACCUUCCAUUCCAGCCCCCAAAGCUGAUAUUGCAGUUAACCUUUAUGAAGUGAGACACAUUAAUCAAACCAUUAAAGGUGCGAGUUAAAGCGAUGUCUGAUCUUACAUAAGUUGUAACAUUGAUUUGUUAGAGAUGCAAGAAAAUAAAUUUAUGCAAUUUCAGCAAGCAUUUGACAAAAAUUACCUUAAUGCGGGUAAGCUUCACCUCUUUGAACUAAAAUAUGGAGAUCCGCAGCAGGAGGUACAACUGGCGUAUUUGCAACAUCCCUAAGGACCCCCUGCUGGGCGACAACUUGCUGUGCCCGUUUUGUACAAUAUUUCAAAGCAAAAGAACAGAUUUUCAAAGAAGCAAGGUCACGACUUUAGAGCCUGUUCUGAUUCAACCUUUCUUAUGUGGAGAAAGAUGAGAUGUGACACAGAUUCUUUUUUUGCAUUCCCACGUACAAGUUAAUGGCAAGACUAUAGCCCCUAAAAGCCUAGAUGAAGCCCUGCAACUUCUUUGGGAAUUCAACCUUUCCACUGUUGUGAUCUCAUCUCUCCCUGCUACCUAUAGCACUACUGGAAAUUUGCUACCCCAAAGACCCCCUGAAAUGGGCAUGGAAAAGCAAUUUUUUUCCUCAUAGUACCUGGUCUACCUUGCCUGCCUUGAAUUGUUCUUGGUAUAAUCACCUCACAUUUCUAAUCUUGUACCCCCAUUAAACACUGUCUGAUUUGUAUUGGACUUCACUCUUCAGUAACUAAGCCUCGCCAUCUGACAACCAUUUAAGUGUAUUCCUUUUUUCUCUCUCCUUUAAGUUACACACCAUGGGUUGCUCCAUUUGAUCCUGUCUGCAGACCCUUCAGUACGCCAACUCUACUGAUCUUCAUGAUCUGACUUAAGUGCUUUCAUACUAGUGGAUGCUUGGAUACUAGACUUGUAUAUGUUUUGAUUUAUUUAAUUGCUAUGUUUGUUUUGCCUAUUUAUGUAUUGUAAAUGUUUUUUAUAAAAAAAAAUGUAUUGUUCUGUCGCGUACGCAUUUCACUGUACUGUUCAGAUAUUCCAGUCUUUCACAUCAGUGCCUAUCCCACUUGAGCUUAUAAUCUAUGUUCCCAAUAAAAAGGAAAUAUACAAA